AUGGCCUCGACAAACACCACACUACCUCCCAACAGGUUUGCCCAGUUCGGCUUCACAACAACCCCUGACGAACGUAUUGGGCCCGGCGCCCCCUACACGUCUCCAUCCCUCCAAGUCAACCUCUUCUUCAGGGUCUUCCUCGGCCUCGUCUCCCUCUUUGUCACAUGGGUACCUGCUCGCCUUCUCUGGCGGAAUGGGGAGUUUGCCGGCGCUGUCAUCUGCAUCAUGCUCCUGGUCCUCAACCUUAUAACCGUCAUCAACGCCUUGAUAUGGCGCAAUGACAACGUCCAGACGUGGUGGGCGGGCCAAGGGUGGUGCGACAUGAUGACUUACACUUACUUCGCUAUGCAUACAGCCUUCAACAUCUGCAUGUUCGAGAUUAUGCGAGGCCUAGCCUCCAAGGUUGCCCUCAACCGCGCCGACAAGCCGACGCGCAGCGAGAGGCGCCGACAGCGUAUCGUCUCGGCAUUGGUCAUCUUCACCGUCCCCGUCAUCCAGGUCAUCCUCACCUACUUUACCACCUUUGGCCGAUACAACGUCUCCACUCUGAUCGGAUGCAGUGCCGUCUACUACCCUAACUGGCUCUUCCUGGUCUUCUACAUCCUCCCCACCCCGGUCUUCGCCGUCGGCGCAGCUUACAUGGCCGCUCUCACCUUCUACCGCUAUCGAAAGAUCGACAAGGUCACCAGGGAGGUCGCCCGGUCCAAGGACGACGUUGCCGCGGCCAGGCAGGAUCGGGUUAGGAGGAAGCUCUACUUCAUGACGCUGGUCUGCAUCAUCGUGGUGCUGCCGCUCAUCAUGGUCUUGCUGUUCUUGAACAUCGUCGAACGCUUUUCUUCCAUGAACAUCGUCUACAUUGCCGAGCUUGCCGGCAUUGCCGUCUUCAUCCCCUUUGGCACCACCCCCGAGGCCCUGAACAUGUACCGCGGACUGCUUCUGGCCGCUGGUCUGGGUUACGUCUUCCCUAAACUGAGGGAAGAGUAUGUGCCCCGCGCAAAACGCGGCGGUUCCUCGUUCAGCUGGGGCUCGCUAGCUGGUCCCCUGCGCGGUAUGAGCCUGCUCGGGACUAGCUCAUCGUCCACCCACAAGGACUCACUCCUUCCCACUGCCGAGCAGAUUUCGAUAACUAGCCGCGCCGACAGGGCACGCUCGUCCUCUCUGAACCAAAACCAACACGAGGAUCUCACCAUGAGCGGCGGCAUCGACUCCCUUUCGUAUCCCGAAAAGACUGUCUCGUCUUUUCUUUCCGUCACCGAGAUCGACGCCACAACAGCCCAGAUCGAAGCCGGCCCUCGUCCUCCUGCUCGAAACCCCUACAACAUCCUGCCCACCCCGUUCACCAAACCACUCCCAAAGUUCCCCUCCCUCCACAUCCCUACCAUGCAAACCCAUAAACCAGAACAACAACAACAUCACCAACCCUCAACCUUCCUAACCCUCCUCCCAACCCCAUCCCCCAAAGCCUCCUCCCGUGGAAACCAAUUCCAAUCCCCGCCGCACGGCGCACCACCACUGACAACAUCACCACUACCAUCAGCAACACCAACCGCCAAAUCAACCAACCCAUACCGCAACCACCAAGCCACCCCCUGGGCAACAACAACAACACCCCCAACCACAAUCACAACCCCCUCCCCCAACACCACCACCCCCCACGCCGGCCUAACCCCCCACCCCCACAUCGGCGUCGCCACCCGCGUCUGGGCCACCACCAACACCAACACCAACCACACUACCACCGACGCCGACACCCCCGAGUCCAACGUCUACUGGAAAGCCCGUCUGCGUGAGCCUGCGGGCACAGGCACCGGCACAGGCACGGCUACUACUACUACCACUACUACGACUGUUCCCACGGAGGGGGUGGUGCGGGUGGAGACGAGUAUCGCGCGGCGGUCGGUGGAGGUGGAUUUGGAGAGGGCUGCUGCUGAUGCUGAUGAUGCUGCGCUUUAUGAAGAGGGGAUGGGGGUGGGGAGGCGGUUUUCGAAUGCUGCGAGCUAG